AUGAGAUCAGCAUUAGAUGAAGUUGAAGAAAGACUAAAAAAUGAAUGCCCCGCAAAAAACGCCAAUUUUCUGUCGAAGAUAACAUUUAUGUAUUCUCUUAAAUUGUUUAAUGUUGGAAGAAAAAGAGACCUAACCGAAGAAGAUUUGACCAAGCCCCUAGAUGAACAUAAAUCCGACAUAUUAGGAAAAAAAAUAGCGAUUUUAUGGUCCAAAGAAUAUGAAAAGGCCUUGUCGCAGAAGAGAACUCCAAGUAUGUCAAAAGUUAUCGUUAAAGCUUUCUACGGAGAUAUUAUAUACUAUGGGAUCAUUUUACUUGUUUUGGAAAUUUUUGUUAGACUCCUACAACCAAUUUUCAUUGGACUCUUCAUAAGAUACUUCAAUGCAGAGAACAGAAACAACACUGAACCAUAUCGCUCUCCAAUGUAUUUUGUUAGAGUGUUCAAAUUCUUCUCGCCAAACCAGGGCCCAAUACAAAAAAGCGAAGCUUAUUUUUUUGCGACGGGGAUAAUGCUUUGUAGUUGCAUAGUUGUCAUGGUUAUGCAUCCAUAUUUGUUGGCGGUUCAACAUGUCGGAAUGAAAAUAAGAGUGGCUUGUUGCUCUCUCAUAUAUAGAAAGGCUUUAAGAAUUCAACUGACGGCUUUGGGAGGUCGGACUGUUGGAAACGCUGUGAAUUUGAUGUCGAAUGAUGUUGUUAGAUUUGAUAUGGCACCCAUGUUCGUUCACUACCUCUGGAUUGCACCACUGCAGCUUUUUGUUAUACUUUACUUUAUGUAUAAGAUAGUCGAUAUAUCGUCAGUGAUCGGGCUUCUAGCAAUUUUUGUGUUCAUACCACUACAAGUGGUCCUGGGCAUAAGAACAUCCGUUUUGAGAAAGCAUGCUGGUGCUAGGACUGACGAAAGAGUAAGACAGAUGAACGAAAUCAUAAAAUCUAUGCAAGUGAUAAAGAUGUACGCUUGGGAAAACGCUUUUGCCAAACUGAUAGCGAAUUUGAGGAAGAGUGAACUGAGUGUACUUACUCACACUUCCUUCAUCAGAGGCACGAUUAUGUCAUUCAUAAUGUUUACCACGAGAUUGGGGAUUUUUUUAACUGUUAUGUCAUAUGUACUCAAUGGAAGCCAAAUAACAGCUGAGAAAGUAUUUGUCAUAACCUCAUACUAUCAGGUUUUAAGGCAAACCAUGACUGUCUAUUUUCCACAAGGUAUCGCCACGGUGGCAGAGUCACUGGUGUCCAUACGCCGCAUUCAGAAAUUUAUGCUCACCGAAGAAACAUCCAUCGGAGAUCCAACUCCUCUUGAUCCUCUAUGGCAGAACAAACCAAAAAAAGGGGGAUUGAGACGUACUUCUUCGAACACAGAAGUAAAUCUACCAUUCAUAGAACUUUCACACGGAAUGGCUAAAUACGGUGAAGAUGUGUGUUUGGAGGAUAUCAACUUGGAGGCUUGGCCAGGUAAGUUAACGGCUGUGGUCGGACCUGUAGGUGCUGGAAAAUCUUGCCUCCUAAACCUGAUAACUGGAGAACUGCCGCUGUUCAGUGGAAGACUCCGUACGAACGGGGUUAUAUCUUACGCAUCUCAAGAACCAUGGCUAUUCGCAGGUUCCGUGAGACAGAACAUCCUUUUCGGCAGGGAAUUCGAACUGCUCCGCUACAGGGAUGUGAUCAAAGCUUGUGCUCUGACUAGAGAUUUCUCCUUGUUUCCUUUCGGUGAUAGAACAAUAGUUGGCGAAAGAGGCAUAUCACUCAGUGGCGGACAAAGAGCAAGGAUCAACUUGGCCCGAUGCGUUUACAAAAGAGCGGAUAUAUAUCUUCUGGAUGAUCCUCUGUCGGCGGUGGAUAUAAAUGUUGGUCAACAACUUUUCGAAGGAUGUAUCAAAAAGUAUCUUGAAGACAAAAUUGUUAUUCUGAUCACCCACCAGCUUCAAUAUCUCAAGAGAGCUGAUCGUAUCAUCAUACUUAGUGACGGAAUGAUUCACGGCCAAGGAACAUACAAAGAAUUGUUGGGCACCUCGGAUUUCAGCGAUUUGCUCAGAGAAGCUUCAACUGCUAUGCCAACAGAGGAAAAAGAAGUCGAGAAAGUACUGAGGGCCAUAUCUAUAACGAGCACCGCUUUCAAUAGCAUGAUCGAUAUCGAAGGCAGAAAGAAAACUCCUUUCAUAAUCCCAGAAAUGAGGACGGUAGGUUCGGUGGACUUCCUGAAUUACAAGGAAUAUUUCAGGGCUGGAGCAAACUGUUGCGGUAUCUUCAUAAUGAUUUUUCUUUUUCUUUUUGCACAACUCUUAGCCAGUGGCGGCGACUAUUUUUUGUCACGAUGGGUUGACUUAGAGGAGCUCCGAUUCCAUUUUGGCAGUGCAUCAUCAUCGGGAUUUUUUGACUCUCUCUCGAGGCAAUACUGCAUUCAUAUCUACACAGCAUUCAUAGUCUGCACCAUCAUCGUAGCCUUAACAAGAUCUUUGGUAUUCUUCAGUAUUUGCAUGAGAUCUUCCAUGAGAUUGCAUAACAGAAUGUUUAUCAGUAUUAUACACGCAUCUAUGAGAUUUUUCAACGUUAAUUCUUCUGGAAGAAUACUAAACCGAUUCUCCAAAGAUUUGGGAGCUGUGGACGAGCUUUUGCCAAAUGCUUUCAUCGAUACAGUACAACUUAUGUUGAACUUAGUGGGAGCGAUAAUUGUUGUUUCCUUCGUAGAACCUUACCUACUCGUACCAACCUGUGGAAUGGUUCUUAUUUUCUACCUUUUGCGAAGGCUUUACCUCAGUACCAGUCGAAAUGUUAAACGUUUGGAAGGAAUCACAAGAAGUCCGGUUUUUGCUCACCUAAAUGCGACUCUCCAAGGUAUAACCACAAUCCGUACCAAUGGUGCCGAAAAAGUAUUGGUAGACGAAUUUGAUAAGCUGCAGGACAUCCAUAGUAGCGCUUGGUUCAUGUUCUUGUAUACAUCCAGAGCUUUCGGUCUUUGGUUGGAUCUGGUGUGUACUCUGUUUAUUGGAAUUGUUACGUUCAGCUUCGUCAUCUUAGCGGACGAUUAUUCUGGUAGCAGCGUAGGUGUGGCAAUAACUCAAUGCAUAGGUCUGAGCGGUCUCGUGCAGUGGGGCAUGAGGCAGUCUGCUGAACUCGAAAACCAAAUGACCUCAGUUGAAAGAGUAUUGGAAUUCACGAAAAUAGAACACGAAUCCGAUCUGGAAUCACGUCCUGACAAGAAACCUCCAAUCUCGUGGCCGAAACAAGGGAAAAUCGAAUUCAUUGAUACCACGAUGAGGUAUGCUCCGUUUGAACCACCGGUUUUGAAACAUUUACAUUUCGUUAUAAAUCCCAGAGAAAAAAUUGGGAUUGUUGGUAGAACCGGAGCUGGAAAAUCAUCAUUGAUAUCGGCGUUGUUCAGACUUGCAUAUUAUGAUGGUUUGAUUCUCAUAGACCACUUAGAUAUCAGUGUCAUCGGAUUGCAUGAUCUCAGAAGAAAGGUUUCCAUUAUUCCUCAGGAAAUUGCCUACUUUUUCUCCUAG